UACAAGGACGUCAUGAUGGAGAAUCACAAGCCCCUCACAUCACCAGAUGGAUCCAGUCAGAGAAAUCCACCAGAGAGGUGUCCCAGUCCUCUGUAUUCCCAGGACUGUCCAGGGGAGAAGCUGAAUGUCCUACUGGAUCAUCAGGACGUCAUGAUGGAGAAUCACCAGCUCCUCACGUCGCCAGGUGACGAACGUACAAGUGGCCCCGAUGGACAUCGGCAGUUAUCUGCCUGUUAUAAAGUACAAGAUAAUCAGCCACAAAUUAGCAAGACAAGAUUGGAUGAAAAUUUUGCAAGUUCUGAAAGUGGAAAACAUUUUAAAGAGAAAUCUCAUCUUUCCAUGCAUGAGAGAAUUCACAAAGAAGAGAAACCAUUUUCUAUGAAGCACCAUCUUGAGGCACAAAAAACUCACCCAGGGGAGAAGCCAUUUUCAUGUCCUAAAUGUAAGAAAUGUUUUGCCUAUAACUCACAUCUUAUGUGUCAUCUAAUCAGUCACACACGGGAGAAGCCUUUUCUGUGUCCAGAAUGCGGAAAAUAUUUUAGAAGUCAAGCCAAUCUUGUUGUACAUCAGAGAAGUCACACAGGAGAGAAGCCGUAUUCAUGCUCAGAAUGUGGAAGAUGUUUUGCCGAUAGAUCGGCUCUUGCUUAUCAUGUGAAAACUCACAGAGGGGAGAAGCCAUUUUCAUGUCCAGAGUGUGGAAAGUGUUUUUAUCAGGAAUCAAAUCUUGUGCAACAUCUAAGAAGUCACACAGGAGAGAAGCCAUUUUCAUGUUCUGAAUGUGGUAAAUUUUUUAACUGUAGAACGAGUGUUGCAAUACAUCAGAGAACUCACACAGGUGAGAAGCCAUUCUCAUGUCCUGAAUGUGGAAAGUGUUUUAGUCAGAAAUCAAAUCUUAAGGAACAUCUAAGAAUUCACACAGGGGAGAAGCCAUUUUCAUGUUCAGAAUGUGGGAAGUGUUUUAACUAUAAAUCAUGUCUUGUGAUACAUCAGAGAAGUCACACAGGAGAAACGCCGUUUUCAUGUUCAGAAUGUGGGAAAUAUUUUAAGUAUAGGUCACAUCUUGCUAAACAUCAGAGAACUCACACAGGGGAGAAAGCUAUUGUCAUGCCCUGAAUGUUGGAAACAUUUUAGCCAAAAAUCGGGUAUUGUUGAAAGAAUUUACACAGGAUAGAAGCCAUAUUCAUGUUCAGAAUGUGGAAAUGUUUUAUUAGUAAACCAGAUCUUGGAGUUUUAACAAGAAGUCACACAGGUGAGAAACUAUUCUAAUGAUCAAAUUGUAGGAGUGUGUCAGGUAAGGAGCUCAAUUAUAGGACUUGCUGCUUAAGGAUUUCGUACUAUGUAAAACUUAGGAGGUUAGCCCAUCUCCUACACUGGGGGCAUAUCGCUAGGAUAUGUCCCCAACGUCUGAUAGGUGUGGGUCACACCGCUGGACCCGCACCUAUCUCUAAAAUGGAUCCCGCAAAGAAAAGGAGAUGUGCAUCUGCCUUCCAUUAAGUUCUUUGGGACUGGAAAAAAUAGCCAAGCGGUGUAAUCGGCUGUUUUUGAAAGUCCCAUCGAAAUUAAAGGGAAGCACUUCACACAAGUGAAGUGCUUCAUUCACUUAUAUGGAGCUAAUGUAAAUGAGUGGACUCCAGCUGAAGCUGCUCAAUACUGAUUUUAGCAAAAUGGCUGGGUCAUUUCAAGUAAGUGACCCAGUAUUUUUUCUGGGGGUCUCUGUGACCAGUUUUUGCUUUCAUCGAACUGGUGACAAACUCUCUUUAAAAUUGGGGUGUGGACUUCCAUUGUAAGACCUGCUUCCUCAGGAUGCUUUAAACACCUAAAUGUUUUGCCGGAGUCCAGCUCCAGCAGUGGGAAAAGUAGCUAACUGGAGGGGGAGGGCUGCUUUAG